GAGAUGAAUGAAGACCCAAAUAAAGACAAUGCAUAUUGUACCAAAUGCAAGCAACCAGGACAUAAAUCGAUGUGUUCAGAAGUGGAAGGCUGAUAAGUACUCGGAAACCCCUAGAAGGGUGCCACUGAUUGUGUUUGGUGCUGGUAUGUUUGGCAAAGAUGUGGUGUUGUCGGUAAACUUUUUACAACUCUGAAGAAACGUGAGGCU